CGGCAUCCGUCUACGUGUGUCCGAUGGUAGUUGUGCAAAGUAUGAUGCAUCUAUUAGUAUAAGUAAAAUCAACGUCAGGGAUCUUCCGAGUCCGUGUUGGCCGCUCACAAUUGCGACUGAAAAAGAAGAAAGAAGAAGAAGAAGAAGAAGAAGAAGAAGAAAGAAAGAAAGGAAAGAAACAGUGAGAAAGAGAAGAGAGAGGAGGACGAAAGUUUAGACGCUCAUUACUAGCUCCCCCGUUGAUCUUCGACUAAAGCUAUUUUCAGUGUUUGAUGAAUUGGGGUUUACAGAGUCAGAGCUCUUGAUAUGGUCAUUGCCUAAAAGCAACAGAAAAAGAGGGAGGACGAAGAAGAGUGGCAGGAGUAGCUAGCGUCCAGGAACUGAGAGCGAGGAGAAAAGUGAUUCCAUUGUCAUGAACCCAUGAUCUCAUGCGUCGCAAACAAUUGUUGCGGGUAUGAUCAACAACAGCAGCAACGGUAUGAUGUCUUCAUCAUCGGCAAACGCUCAAUCGCCGGGGCUGAAGACCUACUUCAAGACCCCAGAAGGCCGUUACAAACUUCAAUACGAGAAGACUCAUCCCGCCGGUCUCCUUCACUAUGCACACAGCAAAGCUGCUACUCAGGUAACCCUUGCGCAUCUCAAGGAUAAACCGGCGCCGGUUCCGUCAGCACCGACCUCGAGCCUGAGCAGCGGCAGCGCAGUGAGAUCAGCAGCGGCCAGACUUUUAGGCGGGAAUGGCAGCCGGACACUUAGUUUUGUUGGAGGAAAUGGUUCUAGUAAAGGCAUUACAGGAACUAGUAGAAUUGGUUCAUUGGGAGCUUCCAGUACGAGUAAUCCACCGGCCCUUUCGAAUUAUGACGGCAAAGGGACUUACCUGAUUUUUAAUGUCAGUGAUACCAUUUUCAUUAGUGACUUGAAUUCUCCAGACAAGGAUCCUAUAAAAUCUAUCCAUUUCAGCAAUUCGAACCCUGUUUGCCAUGCUUUUGAUCCCGAAGCUAAGGAUGGGCAUGACUUACUUGUUGGGUUGAACUCUGGAGACGUGUAUUCGGUGUCACUGAGACAGCAAUUGCAAGAUGUUGGAAAGAAGCUUGUUGGGGCCCAACAUUACAAUAAAGAUGGUUCGGUAAAUAACAGUCGAUGCACUGGUGUUGCAUGGGUACCUGAUGGCGAUGGAGCUUUUGUUGUUGCUCAUGCUGAUGGAAACUUAUAUGUCUAUGAAAAGAAUAAGGAUGGUACUGGUGAUUCUUCAUUCCCUGUUAUCAAGGACCAAACACAAUUUUCGGUUGCACAUGCCCGAUCAAGUAAGAGUAACCCAGUUGCUAGAUGGCACAUUUGCCAAGGUUCAAUCAAUAGCAUUGCUUUCUCAACAGAUGGCAUGUAUUUGGCAACUGUUGGAAGAGAUGGUUACUUGCGGGUAUUUGACUAUUCUAGAGAACAGUUAAUAUGUGGUGGAAAAAGCUACUAUGGUGCUCUACUGUGUUGUGCAUGGAGCAUGGAUGGGAAAUACAUUUUGACUGGAGGUGAAGAUGACCUAGUACAAGUCUGGAGUAUGGAAGAUCGGAAGGUAGUAGCAUGGGGUGAAGGACACAACUCUUGGGUCAGUGGAGUUGCUUUUGACUCGUACUGGUCAUCACCCACUCCAGAUGGAACAGGGGAAAAUGUCAUGUACCGCUUUGGUUCUGUUGGUCAGGACACACAGUUGCUUUUGUGGGACCUGGUAAUGGAUGAAAUUGUGGUACCCCUGCGCAGAUGCCCCCCUGGUGGAUCUCCCACAUAUAGCACUGGAAGCCAGUCCUCUCAUUGGGACAGCGUUUGCCCAAUUGGUACUCUCCAACCAGCUCCAAGCAUGCGAGAUGUGCCAAAGCUUUCCCCUCUAGUUGCACACCGAGUCCAUUCAGAACCCCUAUCUGGGUUGAUAUUCACUCAAGAAUCGGUUCUUACUGUAUGCCGGGAAGGGCAUGUGAAAAUCUGGAUGAGACCAGGGUACGCUGAAAGCCAGUCAAGCAACUCAGAUACUCCACUAAGUUCUAGCGCAAAGGAUAAGUCACUAUUGUCAGGCAAAGUUGGCAACUCUAGUUACAAGCAGUAGUCUUUGAGAACAUUAUUGGCAGACGAAGUUGGCAAUUGUCUUUUUGUUACAGGAUUGCAUCUUCAUUUGCUAACCUGACUGUAUUUGAGGUGUUUCCAUCUGAUGGGUUGCCCACUUGCCCUGUAUUGAGCAAUGAGUACUUUUUAAGUUUAUCAAGUCAUUGGGUCCAUUACUCGAUGUGCUUGCGGUGAAUAAUUUACGGGUUCUUUUUUUUUUUACCUUGUAUAUUCAUAGGGAUAAAUUGCCAGUUAUGGCACUGCGGGGGAGGGCAUCAAAGGUUGUAAGCAAACAUGAACAGGCUAUACAAAUGUUGCUAAGACUAAAAAGAAUAACAGAAGUUGCUCUUUCACCAGAUCAUCAUUAUUUACUUCUUCC